UCUAUAUUUAACUCCGAGUGUAUGUUUCGAGUUCAUUAUUUGUUUGCUCACUAAUUAGAUAGGACGUCUUCGAUAGACUUUAGUAGAGUCGUUUAACCUAUUGGUUUCUUAAUUUUGAAGAAACAAGAAUGUGGCGCUUUAGCUUGUGUUUAGUAUGUAUAACGAUCGGUGUAUCUGCAAACAAAUUCAAUGUCGAACAAGCUAUGAAAAACCAUCAAGUGGUACCUGAUGUAAUUCCUGUUGCUCCGAAAGAAAUUUUACUAGUAAAUUAUACAAAUGGUGCGAAAGCGUUAUUUGGUAAUGAACUUACACCUACUAUAGUGAAAGACCAGCCAAUAGUUAGUUGGAAUGCUGAUCCUAAUUCAUUUUAUACGCUAUGUUUGACCGAUCCUGAUGCUCCGAGCCGGGCUGAACCUACUAAAAGGGAAUGGCAUCAUUGGUUGGUCGGAAAUAUACCUGGUGAAAACGUGAGCUUGGGAGAAACACUUUCUGGAUACGUAGGUUCUGGACCUCCACCAAAAACCGGGCUACAUCGCUAUGUGUUUUUAGUAUACAAACAGCCGUCAAAACUUACAUUCGAUGAGCCACGUAUAAGUAAUAGAUCUGUCGAACAUCGUGACCAAUUUUCAAUCAAUAGAUUUGCAUUGAAGUACAAUUUAGGAGCACCUGUGGCUGGUAAUUUUUAUCAGGCCCAGUAUGAUGAUUAUGUUCCAAUUCUAUACAAACAAUUUGGAGUCAACUAAUUUAAUCUUCAAAUUUAAUAAAAAUUAGUAAGUUAAUAUUUAAUAAACGAUUGCAAAAACAUUGUUUAUGUAGAAAAUAUUAUUUAGAUGGCUAAUUGACUUUUUAAUCUUGCAGUAUUUUAUAUAAUUAUAUGUUAAUUGGAAAAAUAAAAAAUUAUUUUAUUUAAAAAAUUA